AAGAAAGUAGCGCUCAAAAAGAAACAGCAUUCUUAAUAUAGAAAGUUCAUUCCGACAUAAAUACAGAAUCUGGAAAGUGAAUUAUCUGAAAGAAACCUAGUCUUCUUAACUUCUUAAGUGUGAUUAUCCAUUUCUGAAGAGAAACUCAACAAUCACAAGGUUUUUCUUCCGGUUUAGGUUUCGAUUUCGGGUUUUGAGCUCGAAGAUGGCGAAAGGAGCAAACUAUGAAGACGGAAGGAAGAAGAGAGUGGAAGAAAUCAAAAAGAAAAUGGCGGAACUCAACCUCCAUAAACUCGCUCAAUCUCUCAAACCUUCCCCCAAAAAAACCCAUCAUUCUGCCCCUGUGAAGAGAAAGGCGAGAUUGAGCGAUUUCGGGGCCGAAAUCGUGCGCCGUUCUAGUCGAAUGGCUGACAAACCUCCUCCAAACUACAAAGAGUCAGCAAUGGAACCUUUAAGGGAAGGUAGAAGGACAUACUCAUACCAGAGAAGGGAUCUUUUGAAUCGAGUUUACGCCUCGGAUAAGGAUAGGGUUCAUGCUAUUGAGAGAGCUGAAGAACUUGAACAAGAUUUAGGCACUGAAUUCCCUGCCUUCAUCAAGCCAAUGCUUCAAUCUCAUGUUACUGGAGGGUUUUGGUUGAGCUUUCCUAAUUCAUUUUGCAAGACCUACCUUCCUGACAGCGACGAAAUGUUCACUCUAGUUGAUGAAGAAGGAGAUGAAUGGCAAGCCAAGUACCUUGCUAGAAAGAAUGGGCUUAGCGGUGGGUGGAGAGGGUUCUCCAUAGAACAUGAGUUGGUUGAUGGAGAUGCUCUUAUUUUCCAGCUCAUUGAACCAACUAUCUUUAAGGUCUAUAUUAUUCGAGUGAAUUCCUCCGACUGAUGGCAGGAUUAGUGAGGGAAAAGAAAGACAUCACAACAAACUAGAGCAGGUAAAAGGUUGCUGAUGAUUUUGGGGCUAGUUCCAGAUUCGAGCAUGAGGCUAUGGCCAUGGGUUUAUUUCUUAUUAGCCUGUGAAGAGUAUCUAUCUUCCAUUUUGAAUUUCGGAAAACCAUGACCGGACAACAUAGAUAUUUUGACAUAAGUGAUUAUAUCAUGUUAAUAUGAUAGUCCCUUCUAAUCUAUAUAUGGUCAAUUAUUAGUCA